GGUAGUGUACAAUACAAAUUUGUGUACAUAACCACGUAAUGUACCUGAUUAUUUGUUGACCUUGAAUAACCAAAGACUGAUUGAGUGUAUCGUGUUACUGUAGUUUAAUAUAGUGUGAGAAAAAAAUGAAAGGUGCUGAGGGUGAGGAAAAUUGUGACAAUGUGUGUGAUAGGUGUGAUCUAGCGCAGUUGUGAAGAUGCUGACAAUGCAAGCCAUGAUCCACCGCCAAGAGGGUGGAGCGGCUCUCAGGAAGCCAGAUAAGACCAACAGACCAAAUUCCAACAGCAGCGUCAAGGGAAAAAAUAAACGUAAGUCUGGCAGGAAGAAGAAGGACGCUGCUGCCGGUGGAGACGACGCUAUAGGAGACAUCUUCAUGGAGGUGUCUCAUCCUGCUGGGGGUAAAAGUGAGCCUCGGACAGUCGUGGCCCGGGAGUGGCUUCUGCUGAAGAACACAGAGUUACCGGCGGAGGAGCGAGGUAUCCCAGGCAAAGGAUGCCCACGUGAGGAACCAGCAACCCCUCCCAGUCUUGUUCCUGUCAGGAAGAAGGACGUGGGUCUUUCUAAGAACAAAACAAGAGAUGCGAACGGGAACGUUAGAAUACUGAAAGAGCCGCGUCCCAACGUCCUAGAGGGCGUCGAACGCAGACUGUCUGCCGACAUGACCCCCAGGAUUAAUAAGGGUGGCAGUACCGUCGACAGACAAAUUUUUCGAAGAGGAUCACUGUCUAAAGAGGUGUAUUCUGGUGACAUUACACUCGUCAGAGUACAGCCUCCGGAAGAUUUAGCAGAUGUUCACAAGAGAGAUUCUAACCACAAAGAAAAUAGUCGGAUUCCCGACACCUACACCAGGAAAGGUGGUCGUCACGUGACAUCAGACGUUUCCUCUUGGGACAGAAGGGAACGAAAGGGCGGGAGCAGCAAAGUGACGAAUGUGAAGCGUCACAGCUCCAGCCGAAGUACGGGGUCAGAGGGCAGCACUCUACGUCGGAUACGUCGGCGAGGAACUCUCCACAGCAGCACUGCCACGCAGACGCCUCCUGGCUCUCUUGAGCUUCGUAAUUGCACAAUACCUCCAGAUAACAAGCGUGGUUCCUACAAGAAUCACGAGGGUCCCGCGAGCCAUGGGAGUGACCAACGGGGUCACGAAGAAAAUACCUGGAAAGACUUGACGGGAAGUAUUCCAGGUGCGUCACUGCUGCUGAAGCUAGUGUUGCCGCGAGACAAGCGCACCAGCAGACACUCCGGAGGUUCACCUCCUCAGGAGGUGCCACCCCCAACCGCUGUGACAACACCCGUCCGUGCGCCAGUAUCCCCACCCCUACCUUGGUUCUGGUCACCUCUCCGUCAUGUGGACUGUGGAAACCCACCACAUCCUCACCUGCCGCUGCCGAGAGCACCACCACAGCCAGUACCCGCCUGCCCAGGAGUGGCUGCUGGUGGGGGGGAGGCUGAGGCCAUGAGGUUGAUGCCCCUUCUUCCAGAGGAUGUUGUACCUUUCCCUCCCCGGGCAGCACCACCAGUGCCUCGCCAGAUUCAAGGCGACCAGAUGAGUAUUUCUAGCCUCAAUAGCAGCCUUGCAGGCCACACCUAUGAGCAAGUCAAUUUUGUUAUAGAACCUCCCAUAUCGGAAUCCAAAGAAAACGAGUACGAGCUCAGUAAAACUAUAGCCGAGGAAAUGUACACUUACCAUAUUAAUAAAGAGGACAUUCCUGAUGAGGAUUGUAACCAUGUGCCCCUGAGGCCCAGUGAUCACCCGGAGCAAGAGAUGAACGAGGGAGGUAGGGUGAGGCGCCCCUCUUCCCGUAGGAAAAGGAAAAAGUCAAGGUGUGCAGCCACCAUUACUGACGAGUGCCUGGUGGGUGACCUUCACUCCGACGCUCUGUACACUCGAGGUGACCGUGUGAGGGAAAUCGAAAGGCGGGUAUCUCUAGCGGAGGUAUGCCCCACGCUGACGGUAUUUUCCCCACACUCUUCACCCUCGUCGGUUGCAUAUUAUGGCCGGCGGCGGUCCACAGCCACCUGCAGUAGUACCAGCAGCCUCACCGGCGAAAGACAUAUCGUUACUCUGGAGAAGCCUAUCACUUUGGUCUCUGAGACGAGGCUAGAGCUGGGAAGUCGUUCAGUGUCUGCCUCGCCUCCUGUGUUGCAGCAGUCCAGCAGCUUGGAGGAAAGCUUGGUUGAACCUACAGACUCCCCCACAACCCUCGCCAACAGCAGGGACGCGGUCUUCAUACAUAGGCUUCUGGAUAUUGUCAAUCAGGACGGUGCACAGAACACCGGCGAGGAACCAUGUGUCUCAGGUCCGCGUCAUAGAAAUCGCCGGCGGGGCGUGUACGUUCCUGUUGACACAGAAUCCGACACGGGUGUGACCUCUGAUCCCGAGCUCUGCAGAGACCCCGAGGCAUCACCAAGCCCAGAGUCUCACGUCCAGGGAGAAAGGCUGAGCUCUAAUGGAAGCACGCAGUCCUUGGCUGGAAGGGACAAGGGUCUGUGCCCCCUGCAUGGUACCAGUAUACCUUACCAGGUGGGCUUGGCCCCGGCGCUACAGCGGCGACGGUUUCGUCGCGCAUCUUUACCAGCUCAGGUCUCUCUGGAGCAACGACCUUCAUUCUUCCAACGUCUGCGACGAUCACUCCGGAGGAGCAGGAAUAUUGAGCCUCUCAUAGCAGAGAUGCCCAGCCCUCUGGAGUUGAUGACGCAGACGGUAGACACUGUCCCCUCUCUUCCCUCCCCGGAGCCCAGCACACUCACAGGGGCCACAUGCUCAUGCCCGGACCCUGUUCAAGAGUUCCGUCGCUUCCGGCCACGGCUUGGCUCAGGGGUUACGGUGAUGAGUAGUGACGAGGACGACAAAACACGACGACCUCCCACUCCACAGGAUGGCUGCGAGCGUUGGCGCGUGGAGGGGGAGGUAUGCCGACUACAGGAGGCUCUGGGUCAGCGUCUGGGCACUGCUGCCAUAAUGGUCAGGCGCCGGGACCACCGCCUUCACGCCAUCAAUACAAUAGAGAAAACCAUCCAGAGGCUCCAGCAGGAUACGUUGCGUAACAACUACAACAGCAGCCAAGAUCUUCAGAGGUCUACCUCACCCAUGCCACACCCAUCAGACAUCAUGGACGCCGUUAAUGCCAAUCAGCUCCAAGAUGAAGAUGGUACAACUGACGAUAUCAGCGAGAUCCGAGAAAUGGACUCAUUGCAGUCAGACACCCUCCACUCCAGUGAGGGAGAUGACCAAACCAAAGGGAGACCUCCUCUUACUAGUCAAGAUUCUAAUGAAUUAGAAUCUCCCACUGAUACCUUGUUGCAACAGCACCAGUUUCCCACGGGAAAAAUGCCUCCUGCCAUUGAAGCAGUCUUAAGGGGCACAUGGCCUUUUGAGAAAGCUCUGUGGCACUCUAGUCCGGCUUCCAUGGGGAUGCCAUACAAAAAUAAUAAUCAGGAGGUACCGGGGAUUAUGGCAACUUCCAGUGUUACAAACAGACGUGCCCAGAGUACUCAGCAACUCCUUACCAACAAGGUGGAGAUGGUAUAUGGUCUCCUUUCCAUGUUCUCCUCGGGUGAUCGUGAUGAUAUGAGCCGCACCCUACUGGCUAUGUCUUCAUCUCCCGAUUCAUGUGUAGCCAUGAGACAGUCUGGCUGUCUGCCCUUACUUAUACAGCUGCUUCAUGGAGGGGAUGGUGAUGUUGCACCUACAAGAGAGACCCGGCUCAGAGCAGCACAAGCCCUCCAUAACAUUGUCCACUCACACCCAGAUGACAAACGAGGACGAAGGGAAGCCAGAGUGUUAAGAUUAUUAGAACAAAUUCGUGACUACUCAGACUACCUUUAUGAACGACUGGAGCGGACAAGUGCUGGUCGUGGUCCACUUUUAGAAGAUGACAUGGAUAGGCAUCCAUGUCCAGCAAUGGCAGCUCUUAUGAAGCUUUCAUUUGAUGAGGAUCAUCGCCAUGCUAUGUGCACACUGGGUGGACUUCAUGCUAUAGCGGAACUAAUUAGGCGAGAUCAUGAUGGUCAUGGCUCCACUACUUCAGAUCAGUAUUGCAUAACUUUACGAAGAUAUGCAGGAAUGGCACUGACAAACUUGACAUUUGGUGAUGGCACAAACAAGGCUCUUUUGUGCUCCUUCCGGUCAUUUAUGAGAGCACUUGUAUCCCAGCUCCAUUCUCCUAGUGAAGAUCUUAGACAGGUAACUGCGAGUGUGUUGCGCAAUCUGUCAUGGAGAGCAGAUGGAGCAAGCAAAGCGAGUCUGAGAGAUGUGGGAGCAGUUGCAAUUCUGAUGCAGGCUGCCCUCUCUGCACGGAAAGAAUCUACACUCAAAGUUAUUUUGUCUGCAGUAUGGAAUCUCUCUGCACACUGUAGCAUUAACAAGGCCGAAAUAUGUGCAGUGGAUGGAGCUCUAGCAUUUAUCUGCAGCACGUUAACCUACAAGUCACAGUCCAAAACUCUAGCCAUUGUUGAGAAUGGAGGUGGAAUACUCAGGAAUAUUUCUAGUCAUAUUGCUGUCAGAGAGGAUCUUAGGCAAGUGCUAAGGGAACACAAUACAUUGAGCACAUUGUUAGGGCAGCUACGUUCACCAAGUCUAACUGUGGUGAGCAACGCCUGUGGAACACUUUGGAACCUCUCGGCAAGAUGCAGUCAGGACCAGUGUAUGUUGUGGGAACUUGGUGCUGUUCCAAUGUUACGAUCACUGAUUAAUUCAAAACAUAAAAUGAUAUCAAUGGGCUCCAGCGCUGCUCUAAAGAAUUUAUUGCAAGCACGACCAGAGGGAAUGUCUUUGACAGAUCCUCGGCAUGGCAUGGGCUUGCCUUCCUUACAAGCCCGUAAACAGAAAGCUCUAGAACAGGAAUUAGACCCAUCACUAUCUGAGACAUGAAACAUUGAGACUUCCCCACGUUCUUCUCCAACUCUUCCUCAGGGUAGUGAUCCACAUUUUUUUGGUCAGCCAGGAGAUGCUUCCCAGUACUAUCCAGGUACCAGACCCAUGUUUCACUUCUUUGGACGCACAGUAAAAUAAUGUUUGCGAUCUGAGAGUAGAGACUCCAUAUCCUCAACCUUUGAUAAUUCACACGAUCGAAUGAGGCAGCUGUUAAUGAGGAAUCAUCAAAGUAAUCGUGAAGGCAUUGGUAAAAAUGGUAGACCUUUAGAUUUAUCACUUAGAUCUAUGGCACCUCCAUCACAUUGUGUUCCAGAUAUUGCACACAUGAGCCAAGAGGAAUUGCAGAGACAUCUGGAAUCAAAAGAAUUUAAUGGAAGUGCUGAUGAGAUAUUUGCUUCACGUGUUAGAAGCAUGAAAGAUGCAUACAGCCGUCAACCUAGUGAAUCAGUACCUUUUAGUGAUAGUGUAAGUGGUAGUGCCAAUAUUAGCCGAAAUGGGUCAUUCCAAGCUUCAGGUCCACAACCACCAUACAGUCCUCGUAGAAGGUCAUCAAAUACAAGUGAGGAUGAGAGAAGUGGAACCGGAAGAAGUUUUGCCAGUGGCAAGCAACAGCAGCAGCAACCUCACAAUGAAGCUCAUUAUAGUUACUAUAGCAAAUAUGUGAAUUAUAGCCGCAACCUGGCAGAGGUAGACAUCGAAAAUGAUGCCCAAGAAGAGCCUCUCAAUUACAGCCUCAAGUGUGGUGCAGGAACAACAAUGAAAACACCAACUAAUGAGUCAAUGGCUAAUAUAACACAGGGUACUGAAAGACCAGUACCUCAGAUUGAUAAUUUAGUGGUGGAGAAAAAGAAAACUAGAAAAGCAGAGCCACAUCCUGAAGCUGAGAGAGAGCCAGAGAACUUCACUGGUUAUACAGAAACAGACCUUGACCAGCCUACUAACUUCAGUCUAAGGUACUCUGAGGAACGAGAUAGUGAUGAAGCUGCCUUGUACCGGCGCCCUCCCAAGCCUCCACAAGAACCCACUUCUCAGUUCUUUGAACCUUCCUUUCAUGAUGACUCACUCAAGACGUACUGCACUGAAGGUACUCCAUAUGAAACUCCUUAUAAUUUCUCAACAGCUACUUCCAUGACAGACCUCCGGGAACCAGCCAUCAAAGAAGCGGAAAGAGAAGGCUCGCCAGCACCCAGUACAGAUGAGGUGAGCUGUUUACAAUGUACAUUUGUUGUAUGUUUUAUUAUAUCUAAAGAAAAAGAAGAAAAUGAAAGCAAAGUUGAAAGCCUGAAAAAUGUAGAAGAUUCUGAUGAUGCAAAAGACACCCUUGAGCCACUACCAUCGCACACUGGCCUCCCAGUUAAGAGUGGUUUGAGCUCUGGCAUGAUAACACCAGACAAACCUAUUACAUACUGUGUUGAAGGAACACCUGUUUGCCUCUCAAGAUUCUCAUCAGUUUCUUCAUUAACAAGUGGAGAAAUUAAUGCUAAUAAUAAUAGAGAUGGUCUUUUGGGAGAGUUGUCAGUAGAAGGAGAGCACAAGCCUCAGGAUACAAGCAGUGAGGAAAAGAAAGCCAGACAGGAGGAGUACCAAGGCGAGGAGAUAGAGGAUGCUCAUAGAGAUGGAAGUCACACUCCUUCAUCCCAACAUUUAGAAAGACCAGAGGGAAAGAGUGUCCACUAUGAAGAGACGCCUCUCAUGUUUUCUCGAGCCACUUCUGUUUCAUCACUAAGUAGCUUUGAGGUUCAGUCCAUCCAUGAUGACCACAGCUCUGUUGUUUCAGACUUCAGUCGGUUUACCAGUGGUGCAAUAUCCCCAAGUGACCUUCCAGAUUCCCCAAAUCAUACAGUUCCACCAAGUCCAAAAAGGUCUCGGCCUCCUUCACAACCCUUUAAACCACCACCAACCCAAGGGCCAAGAACAAGUACAGGAGUGUUUAGUGAGGCUCCAAGAGCAUGGGUAGAGGAAGGCACUCCAGUUGAAUUCUCCCGAGCCACUUCAUUGUCAUCACUCACAGUUGAUGAUGAUCUUCCCAUAUUAGAUGAUGGUGUCCCCAGGCAUUGUGAUGACUCGCCAUCAAUCAACAUGCUGGCCAUCCUCAACUUUAUUCGUGGACGGCGAAAGAAGCAGCAGUACAGUAGUCGAGGGACCUCUCACAUUGCCCAGCCUAGUAGUCGCAUACGAGGCUCUGGUAUCCCAGUUGUUAAGGCCUCCAACCUGCCUACUCAGAUACCCAGUGGCCCCACCCACAGCCAUGCCCAGCAGGGUGUUGGUGGCGGGGUUUGGGGGGGAGACACCCUUCGCACUUACUGCACAGAAGAUACACCUGCCAGCAUCUCUCAUGCUGCUUCCAUAUCUGAUCUCUCUCAGCUCUCCAUCCCUGGAGAGGAGCCUACCAAAGAACGACAUCCCUCAGGCCUGCGACCUAGUCUUAAUGACUCAGGUGAUAACUCAUCAGAUAAUGACAAUCUUUUGGAACAGUGCAUUCAGUCUGGGAUGCCCAAGGUGCGUCCAGGAGUUAAAGUGAAGGAAGUGAAGCUGAGUGUGAAACGUCAUGGAUCAGGCCAUUUGUGUUCUCAUGGGGCACCAACUGUAUCAGUUCCUCCCCUGGCCUCGCCUCGACAUUCUCCUCAUCAUCGCCCUGUUCCAGUAGCCAGGGUCACUCCUGCUGUCAAAGUGGGAGGAGCUCGAAUUUCACCACAUCCUCCACCCGCCCUGGAUGAUACGCCUGGUGAUCAAGUGUGUAUGUGGGCCACAGAAGGUACUCCGGCAACAUUCUCCCGUACUGAUUCACUUUCAUCACUUAGUUGUGAUGAUGAUGCCAACAGAACCAGUAGAGAUCCUAGUCCAAGGACACCUGUAUCCCCACGUUCCCGUACCCCACAGUCCCCACAGCCACAAGCACAGUCUCCACGUGCACGAACACCACAGUCUCCACGUUUGCGAAGGUCCAGAAAGUCUCAGAUCCAGCGUAGGGGACAGGAUGUAGAUGUGGAAAAUGAGGUACCUCAGCAGUUUGCCGUUGAAGGUACUCCUGGUGUAAUAUCUCGACAUUCAUCUCUUAGUUCAAUUGAAGGUGGAGAUGAAAGUGCUGUUAUUCAAGCGCCUCAUGCACCACAGGCAGGAGGUGUUCGAAACUAUGGAGUAGAGGACACCCCAGUAUGCUUUUCAAGAAAUUCAUCACUAAGUUCUCUCUCUGUUGAUUCUUUUGGGGAAGAGACAACACCAACAGAACAAGCAUUACUGCAGCAGUGCAUUAGUCAAGGUAUGCCUAAGAGUAAGUCAGAUCUAGAAAGUCGACGCCGACGUCGAGGUGGCUCUCGAAUCCCUGCUCCAUCAUCUCGAUCGCCUGCUCGUCUCGUACCAGGUGUUCCCAUGCAGAGGCUUACACUGUGUAGAGAUGAACAUGCUACUCAGUCAAAAAACGUGGGUGCGAUGGCGGCAGCUGUAGACGAUGUGGACACAGACGCCGUCAUGCCCAUGCCAGAUGCAGAGAGCUCCAAGCUACACACAGAUUCAGAACAGAACGAGAAGAAUGAACGUGUAACUAAACAUGAAGAGAGCGAAGUUGAAUAUAAGGAGGAGGAGGAGGAAGAGGAGGAGGAAGAGGAAGAUGAAAGUGCCACUGAACAUUCAGAGGCACUAACUACUGCAGAAAUUGGUCAUCCUAGAAGUGAAGUAACUAGUGAAGGGAGUGGUGCAACAGUCGUUACUCGACCAGUGUCCAAGGAGGAAAAAUCACCUGAAGAAGAGCCACGUGUCAGUGAUGGAUCAGCAGAGGGCCCUGGAUCAUCUCCUGAAGAAAAGCAUUCUUGGGUAGAACACAGAAAUUCUGCAGAUAAAUCUUCUCCUUCUGAAGGCCGAGGUUCAGAUACAUCAGUUACUGCUUCAAUGUCAGAAUCAGGAUUAUUAGCUAUAGAAGCAAUGAAGGUUGCUAGGGCUGUUGCAAGUGAAGCUAAGCUUCUCAGUAGUGAUGAAACAUCUCAUAUGUCACAGAGUGUAGCCAGUGUUGCCUCAGAUGCAUACCUUGACAAUAUAAAACCUCCAUCAGCAAUGGGAAGUUUAGCAUCGAUGUCCAAUAGCCUGACAAACAGUGCAGAGGAACAGAGAGGUACUCGCUCAAAUAACCGUCGUCUGGAAUGCCGUCACACACGUCGAGUGCCAGAAAUGGUUCGCCGUGCUCUUGGUGAACAAGAUUAUGGCUCAACUGAGAAUAUGGCUAGCAUGGCCAGCUCUUGUCACUCAAAUGUAGAUAAUAUCCCACCUCCUUCUAUGUUAGAUGAUGAUAUGGAAAAUUCCAUGAUAAGUGUUGCAUCUAUUACAUCUGAAGUUGCAGAGCAGCGAGAAUCUCCACCCUCACCUCCAGCAGAUCAUACUGCACAAGUAGCUGCUCCAGCACGUCAGCUUGCAGCCAUUUUCCAAAGGGAAGCCAUGAAUGCUGCUUCAACACUCACUCUAACUGGUGGGGAUGAAGCUUCUACUUACCAAGAAAUCACAGAUAUAACAGAACAUGAAGAAACUGUUGGACCUGCCAGUGAUACAGAAAUGGCUGCUGAUGAUUUACCAUCUGACAUACCUGAUUUACCUCAAGAUGGGUUUUCAUCUCCUCUUUGUGCAUCUGCCCAUGCUUCACCUAAUAGACAAGGUACACCAAGGACUCGCAGACAACUAGCGAAAGACCGAUUCCGCACUUACACCCGAGGUGAUGGGGAAGUAUUUUCUGAUGCUACUCCAUCUCAGGACACAGAUCCAACUUUAGUUGAAGCUCUUCCCUCAUCACCAUUGGUGGGUCGCACUCCUAAGCAGCGCCGGCAAGAUGAUGCUGAACGCUUCAGAACCAGGACUAUAUCCUCAGAAGGUACUGGGCAAGAGAAUAUUUCUACCAGUACAGUCCCUCAUAAGGAUGAAGCUAAAGUUAGUCCACGAAAAUCCCCCAAAGAUCGUCGCCAGCAAGACCCCAGUCGUUUCCAAACACACACCAUCACCGAGGUGCAAGUUCCUUCAGAAGUAGAACAAGAAGCAGCUGUUCAAAAAGCUGAAAAUGGUGAAAUAUCACCCUCUUCACCACAAAAGAUGCAGGGGAGACAGUCAUUUAGGCAGCGACGGCAAGAAGAUAGAGAGCGAUAUCAGACCCGUACUAUAGAUGUACCACUGGCAGAUAUUACACCUGAAUCAGCAACUGAAGAUGAAGGCAAGAAGGAAGAAGAUGGUACAUUAGUUGAUUUUCAGGACAGUAAUGAAAUGCUUGAUUUAACAGCUGAACAGCUUGAAGCUUUACAGCAAGAUGCUAAUAUUGUUAUCUGUACUCUGAAUGAAACGCGUGAAGCUAUGACUAGUGAAUCUUCCGAUCUUCUUAGUGAAGAAAAUAUACUAGAUAUUGAAACUCUUAGCCUAAUUUCAAAUGAAGAUGAAUCAGAGAUGAGAAAUUUUCUUCAGGACUUUGAUGACGACCCGCCAGAUAAAGGAAGUAGCGAGGAGGAGGAAGAGGCAGAAAGGCAAGUUAUACGACGCCCACGGAUUGUAAAGCCCGGUGAGGAGACUGCACGCUUACAAGAGGAGGAGGAGCCUUCCGGCAAAGCCAUUAGAGGCCGUAGAAAGCCGCUUUAUUAUAGCAAAAAACCUAAUGCAAUACCUACUAAAGCUACUUCAAAUUCCACCGCAAGUCCGGUUAGAACAAUUCCAGUAAGACCAACUCCUGCCCGCCCAAGUUCUGUAUCCCCAGCAAAACCAUCUUCCCCUAAACUACCUCGUGCAACAAGAGCUUCUGCAUUACGUCAAACUUCCAAUCUACAAAAAGGGGGUAGCAGUGGAGAGGACAGUCCUACAGGAAGAGCAACAGGAUCCUCAGCUGGUAGCAGUGCAGGAUCGAGCCCUCGCUUGGGCCCAGGAUCCCGUGCCAAUAAUAUUAGGCCAGCUCGAUCAAAAUCUCUAGCGAGAUCUGGGCCUGAACCUCCUAAACCUUUGCAUCGUCAAAAUACAUUUACAAAAGAUGACAGUGAUACACCACUAAGUCCAGAACACAAUAGUCCAGCUGAAACUAAAAGAUCUAUCCCUACAACUAAAGGACUUUCCAAACCAAGGUUAAGGCGAGAUAUUGUACAGCCAAGUCCACCAGUCACACAACCAAGCUUGGGAGUACGAACUGGUAUACCAAAGAGUGGCAGUCAAGAUUUAAGUCCUACUAAAGGCAGACCACCACAGCACAAGUCAACUAGUUUGACACGUGAUGCUCGACCUCCUACUUCCUCUGAUAUGGCUGAAUGGCGCCAUGAUGUUCCUAAAAAGACAACUGUGAAAAAGGAAGUUACUAGUCGUAUUGCCAAUUUGUGGAAGAAGGUGGAACGUGCACAAGCUAAACCAAAAGAUAAAGAAAAGGAUUCUCGUAUGUGGAUAAAGCGUCCUGAAUCGGCUGCUAAGGAAGCUUCACCUCAGCCCCUAGUACGCAGCUCCACUUAUGAGAAACUACCAGUUAAUGGAGGGAACAGUGGAGCUGGAGAAGCAGGAAAAGGAAGAACACGCCUGGGACUCAAAUUAGCUAAAUUAAGGGGUCGAGACACUCGGUCUUCACCACCUUCAGAAGCCACUACUCCAGUUGAUCCUCGCCCUCAUUGUUUAGUAAGUCCAACACGCUCUCGGGUAGCUGAGGCGAGUGUCAGACCUUCAGAAACUGUGCACCUUCGUCAGCGACCAGCUACCCAUCCUCCAGGUACACAUAUUGGGCAGAUGGAAGAAGAUAGUGAAGCUCGGGCAAAACGACUGUCCCGCCUGGGUUCUUUUAUUGUAGUUGAAGAGGAUGGACGAGUCCGGUCUCCCCCGCAGUCUGCUAUUGUUCCUCCCUUCAAUUACCAGCCACCUGUUGCACCAAAAGUACGAUCUGCUAUUGCUACACGUAUACCUCAGCCUUCCAAAUCAUUGCUUUCCAAUGCGCCAUGUGGUCGUGAUGACAAUGGAAAUGCUGACCCAUCAGUAGUAACAGGAGCAUGGCGACCAUGACCCAACCCCCCGCGCCAGACAAAUCAAGCCCAAGAUCCCCAAAUACCAAUGGGGCGCGGGGGUGGGGGGCAACAGAGACGUUGGGCCAGAAGGCCCGUGUGAUCCUAAAUAAUUUAUGUUCUCAAAUUUACAAAACAUGUGUUUAUGCUCCACAUAGCCACAUAAUGUUGUAUGUAGGAGAUGGAUACUCAGUAUAGGUAGUGACUGGUGCCUGUUCUAAGUACCAGUGCUACCAAGAUACCCUUGUAAGGGUUUCCAAAGUGGGCCCAGGUAGGCUUUAGGCUGUAUCCAUCACACCAUAUGCAAAGCCAGGCUCAUGAGCUGUUCCUAUAUGUAUAUAGUCUGUUCCUAUACACACCAUUUUAGUCAAGCAUUUUUACCUUAAAAACUGCUUAUAUAUAGAAGAUUUAUUUUUACUCAGUAUUUUAGUGCAUUUUCAUGUGCAUUUAAUGUUUGUUUAUGUUGUUCAUUGCCAUUUAUCAUAGUUUCUCCGAGUAUGGAAUAGAUCCCGAGCCUGACAUGCUUUAAUCAGACCAACUGGUGGAAGCUGUAAGUCUACACUGUUACCAUGAGCCCCUCAUCACCUUGCUGCACCACACUGCUGAUAAGCAAAGAAGUGUCCAGGAAUGUAACCUUCAAGGAGCCAGCAUAAAGUCAUCUCAUGGGUUUAGUAGGUAAAGCUUUACCAGAACAAUACUUAAUGCAUUUAUAAAUUUCCUUUGUUUUCUCUAUCUAAAGAAUAUCUAGAGGUACUAUACUGUAUUUUGUUUUCUGUGGUCUUGAGUUUUAAUAAAUUAUUUAUUCAGUAUUAGAAUUUUGUAUAUAAGCUUCCUGUUUUAAUAUAUGGUACUUAUUAUGAUUUGUAUUUUUCUAAUAAAGAACACUAUUUUUUCA